AUGGUUGCAGUUUCUGGGAUCACGUCCCUUUAUUACAACAUGAUCAUUGGAUGGUCAUUGCACUAUAUGUUCUCAUCUUUUACAAGAGACUUACCUUUUGCUAGCUGCAGUAAUAAAUGGAAUACUCCAGACUGCAAGCUCAAACUGCCAACGAUGACCUGUGAAGGAAGUGCUAAAGCAGAUGAUGGCCGGUGUUUAGACGAGAACAGCAAAGAAGUGGGUUUGUGGAACAAGACACUGUUUACUGAAGCCACCGGUCGCAUUUUGCAAUCUCCAUCUCAGGAAUAUUGGGAGAGAUUUGUUCUCCAGUUCAGCAGUGGAAUUGACCAGUAUGGCUUUCCAAAAUGGGAUCUAGUCCUCUGCCUUCUGCUAGCCUGGGUCAUCUGUUUCCUUUGUUUGAUCAAAGGCAUCAAAACAACUGGAAAAGUGGUCUACUUCACUGCUCUGUUUCCUUAUGUGGUGCUGUUCAUCCUCUUGAUUCGGGGAGUGACUCUGGAGAAUGCUAGCAUUGGUAUCAAGUAUUUCAUCACACCCAACUUCAACAGGCUUGCUGAUGCUAGUGUAUGGAAGGAUGCGGCUAACCAAGUAUUUUUCUCCAUGUCCAUUGCUGGCGGUGGGCUGAUCACGUUGUCUAGUUACAACAGAUUCCAUAACAACAUUCUCAGAGAUUCCAUCAUUGUUGCAGUGGGUGACUCUGGUACUUGCAUUUUGGGUGGUUUUGUCAUUUUCUCUUACCUGGGCUACAUGGCAGGUCAGCUGCAGGUGGAUAUUGAAGAUGUUGCUGCUGAUGGAGCAGGGCUUGCUUUUGUUGUCUACCCUGAAGCAGUUUCUAAUCUACCUCCUCCAACACUGUGGGCAAUAUUGUUCUUCAUUAUGUUGCUGACACUAGGACUGGACUCACAGUUUGCCAUGGUGGAGACAGUACUUUCUGGUGUGCUGGAUCAGUAUCCUAAGUUGCGACCCAGGAAGACAUUUGUUAUACUUGCGAUAUGCAUCCUUCUGUUUAUACUUGGACUACCCCUCACAUGUCCGGGAGGCAUGUAUUUGCUGCAGCUGAUGGACAACUAUGUGGGUGGGAUGACACUUAUCAUUAUUGGAUUUAUUGAAAUUAUUGCCCUGGUUUUUAUUUAUGGUGUCAACAGAUUCUGUCGAGACAUUCAUGUCAUGACAGGGAGUACACACUUUCUGUUUUGGAAAGUGACCUGGCGCAUACUGAGUCCUCUAGUCAUAGCUUUUAUAUUCAUUUUUAUGUUUGUUGACUACAAACCAUCAACUUACGAUAAAUACACAUAUCCGACUUGGGCUGAUGUGAUUGGCUGGUUGAUGACCCUGGCUUGUGUAAUAGCAAUUCCUAUUGUUAUGAUCAUCAAGAUUUCUAGAGAGAGUGAGGGCAAGAACAUCUUCCAGAAAAUACGUCUGUUGUGUCUGCCGAGCAUCUACUGGGGCCCGGCACUGAAGAAACACAGACUGCUGGUCAAUUACGUGGAAGGUUUUCAAGUUGACCCGUACAAAAUCUUACAACCACGGGCAGCGUUUGUCAACUAUGGUUUUGAUAACUCCACUGAAGCAAGUUUAAAGUCUGACAAUCAAGGAUCACUGGGUGCUUCACGAAUCUCCAUUAUCUCAGCAGCGUCCAAAUGUACAACAGCUACUGCAAAAUCUGGGAUGACUUAUGAGAGUAAUGUAUGA